UGCUUGCGUAUGAUGGCGGCUGUGUGUCUACAUCGCAGUACCGCAGUUUUGUAAGAAUUCAUAUUUAAUCCCCCUUCUUAUCACGCUGUGUUUUGUCGGAGGUAAGAGCUGAAUUAAAGCUCAAACGCUAAAACAUCCCAAUUCUGGAGUGUUAUUUAUUGUGACUGGAAUAGUGGAGAUGCAGCCCCCUCCACGAACUGCUCCACCAGGGUCUUCUGGCCCACCACCAACUGGGGGGAUUCCUAAUGCAUUUCGAAGGACAAGGCCUCACAAGCAGCCAGGGAAUACAGCAAUGAUGGCAGGACCUGGUAUGCCAGUUCCACCUAUGACUGACCCCUUUGCAUUUGGCCGGCAAGCCAUGGCCACAGGGACCCAUCCACCACCCCCCAAAAGCAGCCCCCUUCCUAUGCAAACACCACCUCCCGCAGGAUUCCUCCCAAAUGCCCAAAUCCAGGAGCAAGGAGUACCUCCACAGCCGCUAGAAGGUGGAUUAGGCCCCCACCAUGUUCCACCCCCCUCAUCUUUACCUGGUCCCACCCCAGUGGUAAAUAUCUUCACCCCCAACAGUGCGAUGUCUUCAGCUCCUCUGCCUGGGCAAUUUCCCAACCCUCAGAAUUUGAAAGGGUCAAAUCCUCAGAGCACAGAACAAGGUCCUUCCAAUUUGGGGGAAAAUGCUCCCUACAUAACACCUGGAGCCUCUCUGUAUGGUUCAGACCCCAUGCAAAACAGGCCUCCCUUUGGGCAGGACUCUAGGGAGGACCCUGCCCCAUAUACCCCCGCAGCACCUAGCACAGUGCCCUCUCAACCUCAGACUAUGCCAUCACCCCCAGCCUCUCAGUGGUUGCCUAACCACAGGAGUCGUCCACCUUCGGUUCAGAACUACUUCCAGCCUACCAGUGAUCCACCCCAGUAUUUAACUGCUCCCCCUCCGGUCCCCCUGCCUGCUCCUGCUCCUCCGCCAGCCCCCUCACCUCAUUUACUUCAGCCUGCCCAGUCUCCACACACACCCCACCAGUUGCCCCUGCAGAACCAGAUCCACUCAGGCCAACAAGGCCUAAGUGGUCCACACAGCACAACCCCUGGCUCAGAUACAGCAGGGCAGCAGGGGCUUGAAGGGUGCGCGGGAACCCUCCAGCAUCAGAAUUCCCAUUUUCAGGGUAAUUUUGCUCAGAAUUGCAUGACAUCUGAUCCCUGGUUAAGCCAGCCUUCCCAGGAGCACUUCUACCACCAGAUGGGUAGGGGUCCGGGUAAUAGACGACCCGACUCCAUGAAUUCCCAACACAGUUCCCCCCCAGCUCAAGGGGGAACUUAUAUCGCAGAUCCUGGUACCAUUUCAAUGUUUUUCAAAGGGAAUGAUGUUGAGAAUGAGGAAACGCUCUCAGGAGAGAGGAAGGCGGUGAAUGGAGUUGCCGGGGGCACUGGGCAAGCAUGCUCAAACCCCACAUUUCCCAACCAUCAGCUGCCAUCCCCAAAGCCCCUCCCAGGAGCCGAGGUUGCCCAGAGAGGAAGUGUGAACGUGACUGGUUGCUCUCAUGCACCACCCAUGGGUGAAGGAGAUGCAUUGCACAUGAAUGACAGUGGAUUUGUCAGUGGCACCCCAAGACAUGUAGGGGGCCAGUUUGAUCAUGUUGAAAACCUGGAAUGCAUCCCCAACCAAGAGGUUUUACCCAGCGAGCCAGAGAAGAUCCCCUCGGUGCCCCAAAACACGACUGAACACCUGGGACCUGCACAGGGUAGUUCCGCAGCCCAUGGAGGUGACCACUUUGAAGGAGGGCCCAAUUUAGAGACCCCGGAUUCGGUGCCUCGGCCCAUCAGGUCAGAGAGUGUGUCAUCGAGCUACAGUAACGUGAGUCACGGGAGCGCAUCUGGCUCAAGGAGACCUCAGAACAUGGUGGCCACCUUUAUACAGCAGGAGACGGCCAAGCCUCAGGAGGACUCUGCGGCAGGAUACUUUGAGCAGAUUGACACGUCCCCAGCUGGAGAGUCGGGGCCUCACGCCACGUCUGGCAGGAUGUACCACACCCAGCUGUCCCAGCCCCCCACCCCUAGCCCGCCAAAGCCGACUGGGAUCUUCCAGGCCAGCGCCAACAGCUCCUUUGAGCCUGUGCGCUCCCAUGGCGUGGGUGUCAGAACCGCGGAAGUUGACCAAGCCCGGAUGGUCAUGGAGAAGAACAGCCACGGGCCUCAUGGGAUGGCCACCAUGGAUAUUUCCCCCGGCAACCUGGAGCAGCCGCCAGACAAUCUGGAAAACAUUUUCACGCCCUCACCGCAGCACCCAGACAUGGGCCUGCAAGAAAGAAGGCCCUCCUCCCGUGCCCAUGGGGCACGUCUGAUGUGCGAGAGCCCCGCCACCACGCUCUGGGCCCAGAAUGAAAUGCCCAUCUUGGGGGCCAACAUCCUUCUGGCCCCUGCAGCCCCCCCGGUGCAUGGCCCUGUGAAACAGCUCAGCACGGAGGUGAUCCAGCCCCCUGAGGACAGCCCCCUCAACCUGCAGGUGCCCCACCAGCCCCAGAAACCUGACAACUUAUUGGAGAACCUGGAGAACCCUCCCAAAGUGAGCGAGGGUGACCUGAAGAAUCCUCAGGCAAGUCUAGGCUACGCCUCCUUGCUGGUUCCUUCUCCAGCUGCCGAAUCAUUCCAAAAUCAGCCUGUCUUGAUUGCACCUCCUACUACAAAUUACAGUGUGAUUUCCACCAAUAAUCCGGCGAAUACAACCCAUCACAUGAUGCCCGGGGAAGUAAUACAGAACCCAGGGGCAGAUGGCAAUACGUUACCUCUGCAUCUACCUUCUGUGGUGUUUGCAUCAAACACAGUGCUGCCUGGGCCUUCAAAGCAUUCUAAUCUUCAGCAACAUUUUGUUGCUCCGCCAUUAAAUUCUUCCGGAACCUUCAGUGGUGCAUCUGCUACAAAUCCAGGACCCCUCAACCUGGCAUCAGAGAGUAGGCACAUCAUGAAACCAGAGAACAGCCCUCUGGCUUCCACAGGUAGACCCCUGCAGGCCGAUUCUGCGGGCAGUCAGAGCCAAUCUGUGCUGCCUGUGAAUUCCCAAGCUCCACCUGCUGCUCCCAGUCAAAAGCAACCAACAAAUUAUGAGCUCCUUGAUUUUACCAUGCACCACCCGCAGAGCAACCAAAACCAAGCUCCUAAUCUGGCUAGUCAUGUACCUUCUGUUGCACCUCAGCAAGCGCCGCCCCCAGUGCAAGGAGCGAAGCCAGGAAUUCCAGCCAAUAACACAACAGGGUUCUACCUGCAGGUGACCAAAGAGGCGCAGCAGGGAGGGAGGGGGGAGAGCGAACCCCAGGCCCAGCAGUCGGCUGAGGCAGCCCUGUUGGUGGCCGCCGGCAGCCAGAUGCCUGAGGCUCAGCCUGGCCUUCAGGGACAAGGAGGGGCACCUCUGCCAUCAUACAACCAAGCACCUCUUUCAAACAAUCAGCAUCCUCCCCCUCCGCCUUUGGGACAGGGCCUGCCUCCGGCAGGUGCCCCCCCUCCCGCGCCUGCUGGGCCCCAGCCCCCGCAGCCAUGGAGCUCCUCCCAGCCGCCCGCUGCAGACCCACACAGGCCGCCAUCUUCGCUUGGGAGCCAGCAGGGCUACAUCGGCCCGACCCCCAUGCCAGGACCUGGGUACGGCGGAUACUACGGGGGUGCCUAUCCUGAAUAUCCGGAUGGAAGACCACCGUAUGCUUCUCCAUACUACCAGGAGGAUCCCUACAGAAGGUAUGAUCCCCGCUACAGUCGACAUGAAGGACCUAACCCAAGCUACAGGGAAGGAGAGCGGUACCAUUACAGAGAGCAGCCAGAGCGACCCAGUUCAAGAUCCAGCCAGUACUCAGACCGACCUUCCUCCAGACAAGGCUAUUCUGAAGAUUUUUCAAGAGCCAACCGAAGUGCCUAUAAUGAUUAUUAUGCAGACAGCUAUAAGAAACCAUAUGACUACGGAGAUCGGAGCAGGUGGGAGCAUUAUGAUGCUGCCGCCUAUGAUCCCCGAUACCGGAGCUACUACGAUCCGUCAUACUGGUACUACAACCCAGAGGCCUAUGGGGGCAGAGACCCCUACUAUGGACAACAGUAUUCCAGCAGGGGGAUGGGUUAUGACGACUGGUGGCGGUACGACCCGCGGUAUGACGCUAGCUUUGACGAGGAGUCGCGAAGGCAGCCAGAGCACUACGGUGACGACUUUGACCGGCGCAGUGUGCACAGCGAGCAGUCGGCCCACAGUGUCCGCAGCUCCCGCAGCCAGCACAGCCACCGCAGCAGCUUCAGCUCACGUUCGCAGCAGAGUCAAAUGUGCAGGAGUCAGCCAGACCUCAUUUCUGCCGGUUACGAGCCCCCCGGCCAGAACUCCUCCCUCAUGGUCCACUACCCAUACCCCGAUGCGGACGCGAGUCGGACUUUUACAGACUUUGCAUACCAAACGGGCUACUCAUCUGAACAGUGGCCAGCUGCAGAGCAAGUGCCACUGCGGCCCAUGACACCAGAGAAGUACUCGGUUCCACACCGGUGUGCCAGGUUCGGACCUGGCGGACAGCUGAUCCAGGUGUUGCCAAACCUGCCAUCGGCUGGGCAGCCUGCUCUGGUGGAGAUCCACGGCAUGGAGACGAUGCUGCAGGACUCUCAGGAACAGCAGGAGCUGCGUACCUUCCCCGGGCCUCUGGUGAAAGGGGAGACUCACAAGGUGGAUGUGAUCAAGUUUGCCCAGAACAAGUCCCUGGAAUGCCUGCGGAAUGACAGCCUGAUCGACAAGGACUCUGCCUGCCUCAUCUGGGAGUUCAUUGUGCUGCUGUGCCGGCAGAAUGGGACUGUGGUGGGGACGGACAUCGCUGACCUGUUGCUGCGUGAGCAUAGGUCUGUAUGGCUGCCGGGGAAAUCGCCAAACGAGGCCAAUCUGAUUGACUUCAACAAUGAGCCCAUUGAGAGGGCCGAGGAGGAGCCGGGCUUGGGCACGCUCUCCCUGCUCUCAGACACCUUCAUGACCAUCCCUGAGAACAUCGGCAAGGAGACAGAGCGCUUCCGGGAGCUUCUGCUAUUCGGCCGCAAAAAGGACGCCCUGGAGUCAGCCAUGAAGAAUGGCCUCUGGGGACAUGCCCUGCUGCUGGCCAGCAAGAUGGACAACAGGACGCACGCACGUGUCAUGACCAGGUUUGCCAACAGUCUGCCCAUCAAUGACCCCCUGCAGACUGUGUACCAGCUGAUGUCUGGAAGGAUGCCUGCUGCCGCUACUUGCUGUGGAGACGAGAAGUGGGGCGACUGGCGCCCCCACCUGGCCAUGGUGCUGUCCAACCUCACACACACCCUGGACCUGGACACGCGAACCAUUACCACCAUGGGAGACACCCUGGCUUCCAAGGGACUGAUCGACGCAGCCCACUUCUGCUAUAUGAUGGCUCAGGUGGGACUGGGCGUCUACACCAAGAAGAGCACAAAGAUGGUGCUGAUCGGGGCCAACCACAGUUUGUCCUUCUUCAAGUUCGCCUCUAAUGAAGCGAUCCAGCGGACUGAGGCCUACGAGUACGCCCAGUCCCUGGGCUCCCAGCCCUGCUCACUCCCAAACUUCCAGGUCUUCAAGUUCAUCUACGCUUGUAGGCUGGCUGAGGUGGGGCUGUCAGCCCAAGCCUUCCACUACUGUGAGGUGGUGUCCAGAGCGCUGCUGUCCUUCCCCUCCUACCACUCCCCUGUGUUCAUCAGCCAGCUCAUCCAGAUGUCUGCAAAGCUGCGCUUCUUCGACCCCCAGCUGAAGGAGAAGCCAGAGCAGGAGCUUUUCAUUGAGCCCGACUGGUUGCUUCAACUGCGCCAGCUGGACGGCCAGAUUAGGGACGGGGUAAUAUCCUACAGUGUAGACAGGGCCACACCCCAGCAAUAUGUCUGCAGCACCCCCAGUUCUGAGUUUGACCAGACGAGCCCCCAGGACCCAAUGGGGAUGCCUCAGGACAUUGGGGGGCCUGCCCCAGAGAACCCUCUCAUGUCCUCCCUGAUGCCAAACCCAGGACCGCCCCUGCCUGGUGUCCAGCUCAUGCCCCCAGCACCUACCACCAUGCUGGAGAAUGGGGUGCUCACCAUGCCCCAGGUUCUGCCCACUGAAGGAGUCCCCUUCUAUCCGGUCCCACCUUCCCAGCCCGCCCUGAUGACUGGCCCUGUACCUAUCCCAGACGGACAGGCGCCUGUGUUCCCCCCACCCGGGCUUAGUUACGCCCCAUCCUAUCAGCCGGAGCAGUCGGAAAUGUACCCUGCACCCCCAGUGGCUUCACAGAUGCCCCCUCAGAUGCCCCCUGUGGAGCCCCUUCCAGCACCCCCUGAGCAGCAGCAGCUCCACGGCUCCCAGCCCUCCUCCCCCACUCGAAACGCCUUCACCCCUCAGAUGGACUUCUAUGACCAGAUGGCGCAUAUGACAAAUGCGGGUCCAGGAAGGAGGUCAAGAACGACUUCGCAGUCUUCGGUACACACGGUCCCGGGCCGGCGGUCCCGCACCACCUCCGAGUCCUCCACCCACUCCACGGGGCGGGAGCGGAGCAAUUCGGUGGUGAAGCAGUCCUCGCCCCCUCCCCCUGCCAUCCCUGAGAAGCCCACCCGCCGGGAGGAACCCAAGACACAGAAGAAGGACUCCCCCAAAAAGUCUCAGGGAGGUCGAGGUGGCUGGCUGAAUUGGCUCUAUCGCAAGGGGAAGAAUGAGGCUCACCUGCCUGAUGACAAGAACAAAUCGAUUGUUUGGGAUGAGAAUAAACAGAGAUGGAUUAACUUGGAUGAACCAGAGGAAGAGAACAAGCCUCCUCCACCUCCACCCUCAAAUUUCCCAAAAAUGAGCCCACAGAUGGGUCCAGGGGGGCCGCCUGGUGGGGGACCGCCUGGUGGGGGGCCACCGGUAAAUAUGUUCUCCAGGAAAGCAGGCACAAAGGCCCGAUACGUGGAUGUCCUGAACCCAGGUGGCACCGGCACCAAGCCCGCCAGCUUAGCCCCCGCCCCGGCUCAUCUCUUCGGACCCCUGGCCCCCAUGCCCAUACCUGCCAACCUCUUUGUGCCGGGUGCGGCCACAGACGAGCAGCAGCCUACAGAGGGGAAUGUCCCGGAGGCUGGAGAGAACCCGGAACAGGGCCACCCCGCCUCGAGUGUGGCACCCCAGAUGUUCAACCCGACACUGUACCCUCCUGGCCCCGAGGGGGCACCAGUCAUGGAUGGGACUCAGUCUGGGGAGCUCUCGCGCUCUAGCUCAAUGAGCUCUUUAUCACGCGAAGUGAGUCAGCAUUUAAACCAGGUUCCAACUCAGCCACCUGCCCAGGGAGGCCCACCCACUGGAGGUGUGACUUUCUACAACCCCUCCCAGUUUACACAGCCGAGUGCCCCCACAGGAACAGGCCGUCCUGGCCGGUUUGGUCAGAGGAAGUAUCCGACACUGAAGUAGUCUGGCAGGAGCAGCUGAAGAGGUGGCCCGGUUUUGCAGCUGUCUGUCAGGCUCUGAGACGCUCACUGCCCCCAAAGAAGCACAUUCAGUAGCUUCUGAAGCAUUCUAACUAGCUGCUUCUCCAUUCUCACCCAGCAUGUCAUCAAUUGAUCAAAGUUUCACCAAAUCAACAUUUCAUUCUUACCUUACUCCUUUCCCUUAAUUUCUUUUGCCCUUGGAAUAUGUGCACUCAGUUCCUGCUGGUAUUCCUCAAAUCUCGUUGAACCUGCAUGGUUUUUUAGUGCAGCGUAGAAUAUGCAGCUCAAGCUUUGCAGUGGUCAUCCCACACACAAGGAUCUUAGGGCACGUCAUGCAGUGUCUGGUGAUGACACAGUAAAGCUGGAGUAAACCAUUAUGCUGUAAAAAUAGCCCUUGUCUCUUAAUUGUGGUGAAUAUUAAAUGAGAGAUUAAUUUUACAUAUUGAUCAAUGAUAUUUCAUCAAAAGCUUUGCAGAUAGUCCAAACUCAUGAACUUCAAUAUUUAAUAAAGAUAAUCUUCUGUAAGGGUUAAAAAAAGCAGUAGUAAGUUUUGUUAUUUUACCAGGGCACAUUUUAAGGACAGCUGAUGCAGAGUCCGUGAGUUUCACUUUAUUGACAGUCCGCUGACCACACCAGAACCAUGGAUUCCAUCUGAUCCCCAUCCACCACUUGGUAACCAGGAAUGGAUGGUUUCUUUUUAGUGCUUUUCCUCUGAUUUUUAAGCGGAGGAAAAAUUUCAUCUCAAUGCCAGCCGAGUGUCCUUGGAGAACUGCCUCCCAUUUCUCCCCACUCUUCUGAAGCUGUGAUGAGAGGACUCAUCAGAUAAAGCCUGAUUGAACCUCUUGCAAAUCUGAUUACUUUGUUUUUAAGCCUCUGUACCUAUGUAGUUCCUGUGGUGUCCCUGUAUGUGCUCCUGAAGGGGAGAGCAGGCUAGGUCUGUCGGAGCAUGGAACUGUGUGAAUUUUAAGUGCAAUAUCACUCCCCCCCGCCCCCCCCCCCCCCUUUUUUUUUUUUUCCCUGACACCCAUUUACAAGUAUAUUUUCUAGAGGGGGAAUGGCACAGUUCAAAUAACAUAAGUCAUAAGCAAAGCUUCCAUAGUACAGUAGCCUUCAAUGAUAAUCCUUUUGGAGUGUUGGAAUCUUGUUCAUUUGAAAUAUUUAUUGAAUUGCCUGCCUGUUAUUGGCCAUGGUCUUAAUCAAGCUAAACAGUAACCAUUCUAAGUCCAACAGUUAAGGAAAAUCUUAAAGGAACUACGAGUGAGUACCAUUUUUACAACAGGUUUGAGGACUUAACACCAUUUUUAAUUGUCAUGAAUUUAUCCAAGUAUUUGUAUAUCUGAUUCAGAUUGUAUUUAUGACCUGUAGUCAAAGUGUGCAAAGCAACUAAUAUUUCUAAGUUAACCAUGAAAUGCAAUUAAUCUAAACAUUUACUUCCUGAUCAUUUGUAUCAAAGGCUUCGGUGUAUGAAAUAUCAUGAAAACAUGUUGAGUGAAAGGACAUGAAUGAUUUUGCUCUAACCCCAGUCUCCCACUUUUUUUUCUUUUGCUUACUGUUGUGAUUUAUUUUCUGUGUCAUCUUCAGUGUACCCAGAACCCUUCAGUGUAGUUUCUUAAGCCGAGUUUCCUUGUAGACUGCUGAAUUCUUUUAAUUCAAACAGUUUCCUUUAUUUUAAGGAAGCUCUUGAUUUUCCUAAGUGUUUAGAAUUGACAUUGUAAAGUUCUUGACAAAAAGCAAAACCUCUAAAACAAAUGAUAAUAAAAAUAUUU